UUCCGCCCGACCAACGCCACUUCCGACGGCGAUGGCGGCUCACGCGCGCUUUGUGUCGCGGACGGUGAUGGUUCAGGGCGGUGACGUGGAGGCGGCUUACCGGACCCUGACCCGGAUUCUCACCGCAGACGGGAUCAUUGAAGAGGCAAAGCGCAGGCGCUACUACGAGAAGCCCUGCAGGAAACGCAUCCGCGAGAAUUAUGAGAACUGCCGGCGCAUCUACAACAUGGAGAUGGCCAGGAAGCUGGCCUUCCUCAUGAGGAAGAACCACCAGGACCCCUGGCUGGGCUGCUAGUGAGAAACGGCGUUCGGCCGGACCUUGUGGUUUGGAUGGGGCGCGAGAGGGGCGGGACGAGCGAACACUGGCUUCGCCAACGUGUCGUUUCGCCGUGAGUUCGGCACAGUGGACUCAAGCUGCAGCAGGGCCAGCCUGGCCUUUAGCCAGGCAGUGCUGCAGGUUUGACCUUCUGAAUAAAUAAAAGAAAAAAACGAGCUGUCCACAUA